ACAAGUUUAAUCGGAUUUUUAGCCAAAGUAGUCGAAGUCGGAUUUCGUGCGCUGAACCUUCACGCAGGAAUUUCUGAACAAGUAAUAAAAUCCUUCAUGACAAUGGUUCAAAAUGAAGCUCAAGAGAAAGAAACUUGGAUAUUUUUUGAUGAAAUUAAUACUUGCAAUCACAUUGGUCUUCUAUCUGAUCUUUUAGCUCAUAGAAGAUGGUUAGGCAAAGAAAUACACUAUAAUAUUCGCAUUUUUGCUGCUUGUAAUCCUUAUCGUAAACGUAUUAAAAGUCAAACUAAUGUGGGAUUGAAGGUGCAACAAAAGAAAUAUGAAGAAAAGAAUGAAUUGGUUUAUCAAGUUAAACCUUUGCCUGAUCAAAUUCUUGAUUAUGUUUGGGAUUAUGGAAUUCUUCAAGCUUUUGAGGAAGAGAAAUACAUUGAAAUAAUGGUUUCUGAAUCAUUAGGAGAAUUAUUUGAAGAUAAUAAAAUAUUCGCAAAAUUAUUAGGUGAAUCUCAAAGAUAUAUUAGGACCAUCGAAGAACCUUAUAGUGUUAGUCUAAGAGACGUGAAACGUGCGAUUACUCUAGUAAAAUUCUUUGCAAAAAGCCUUACAAAUCGUCCUGCGCUUCGAAGAAAAAAUAAUGCACCUCCAUAUCCUAAUUCAGAAGAAAUUAAAUUUUCGAUUAGAUGUUAUGUAUUGUCAUUAGGACUUUGUUAUCAGUGUAGAAUGUAUGAACAAUCUAUUAGACAAGAGUAUAGAGAAAAAAUGGCUAGAUUAAUACUUACUCAUGGAUAUAAAUUUGAUGUGGCUAUGUUUAACAAAAUUAUUAAACAAGAGCAAGAGGAUUAUAUUAAUAGAAUGAUUUGUCCUCCGAAUACCGCACAUAAUGAAGCACUUUUAGAAAAUGUUUUGGUGAUGAUCGUUUGUAUUUUAACAAAAAUUCCCGUAUUUAUUAUUGGAGCUCCUGGGUCAUCAAAGUCGUUAGCGAUAAGGCUUGUAAGUCAGAAUCUAAAAGGUUCGGAUUCAAAUGACAAGUACUUUCAAGAAUUACCGCAGGUUUAUUUAAUUCCUUAUCAAGGUUCAUCAUCUUCAACAUCUGAUGGUAUCAUCAAAGUAUUUGAAAAAGCUGUUAAUUAUCAAAAUACAAGUUCCAAGGAAUUUAAAAUCAUUAGUGUUGUCUUACUUGAUGAAGUUGGAUUGGCCGAAACAAGUCCAUUUAAUCCAUUGAAAGUUCUUCAUUCAUUACUUGAACCAAGCUAUCCUUCAGAUGGUCCCGCUGUAGCCUUUAUUGGUAUAUCUAAUUGGAGAUUGGAUAAUAGCAAGAGCAGCAGAGCAUUAUUAGUUCAAAGGUUUACCAAUACUGGUGGUUCCAAAAUAACAAAAACCUCUCUUAAACCGCUUGCAGAUGCUUAUUCAUCCUACGAACAAACUGGACAGCUGCUUCCUAAUUUCCAUGGUCUUCGUGAUUAUUACGCAUUAGUAAAAUCAUUAUCCUUAGCCGAUUUAACACCUCAAAAUAUUCAAAAAUGCUUAGUUCGAAAUUUUGGCGGUACAGAUUCAGAACAAACUCAAAAAUUAUGUGAAUCUUAUUUUGGAGAGGUAUUUAGAUUAUCUAAUGAUGCCAAGAAUUGGGAAUAUACUCCAAUUCCGGUCGAAGAGUUGAUUAACGCAAAUUUGGAUGAUGAAGGAGCAAGACAUCUUAUGGUCAUUGGAAAAAGCGAUUCAAUCGUUAGUUUGUUGACCUACCAAUUGAGAAGUAGAAAUUUGGAUCCCGUAAUUAUUUUGGGUUCUCAAUUUCCUGAUGAUAGAGAUGACUAUUCUUAUAGUAUAUUAAGUAGGAUUAUGAUGUGUGUCGAAGCCGGAAGACCAUUAAUUUUAACAGACUUGGAAAUUAUUUAUGGGAGUCUUUAUGAUUUAUGGAAUCAAAAUUAUAUUGUUGUGGGUAGUACAGAUGAUCCAAAAUAUUAUACUAGAGUGGCACUCGGUGCUUAUGCAAAUCCUAUGCUUUUUGUAAAUAAAACAUUUAGAUGCAUUCUAGUGCUUGAUGAAAAAAAACUCGAGACGGCUGAUCCACCACUUCUAAAUCGGUUUGAAAAACAAAAAAUGACAAUUAAUAAUAUCCUAACACAUCAAAAUACCCAAUUAGUUGAACAAUUAUCUAUUUGGGUAACUCAGAUGUCAAAAGUAUUUGGUGGUCCUAACGCAUCAAUGCCAAUAAUGGAAUUUAAACAAAAGGAUCUAUUCAUUGGGUUUGACCCUGAUGAAACAUUACAAAGUUUGGUGAUCGAUGUCACUAAGAGAUACCCGGCUAGUGAAAAUAUAGAUUUUCUUCAAAAAUGUAAAGAAAAACUGAUCGCAAUCGCCUCAAGUGAUGGAAUUAUAAGAGCAGAAAAAUCUAGAUUGGAUCCCGAAGAAAUUAAUUUUUGGAAAAAUGUUUAUUAUAAUGAUCAAUGUCAUGAUAAUAUUACCAAAUAUAUCAAGUCUUCUCUAAAUAAAUCGAAUAUUGAAAACGCAAAUUCUGAGGGACUUCAGGUCAUCAUUAAUACAUUCUCCAACAUUAAUACAGAUGUAGAAGCUUGUCUAAAAGAUAUUAUCAGCUGUCAAGUUGAUAAACUAUCAACUUUCAAAACAGAAUCCCAACUUCAAAACAGGGUUAAACAUUUCUGGUUAAAUUCUACAGCCGAAAUGUUGAUUCUCCAAUGUGAUGUCACUACAAUAAGUGCUGGAUGUAUUAAAUUAGCUAAAUUUAUAAUUGAACAAUUUAAAAAUGAUUAUAUGAUUAAAAAGAAAGCAAGACCUGAAUUAAAUAUGAAAACAAAACAUUCAUGUAUUAUAUUACAUGUUCAUAGAGAGCAAGAAAAUUCAUCAGCAACAUUUAAUUUCAUGUGUGGAUGGGAUCAAAUAACUAUCGAGACUCUGUCUCAACAAGAGAUACCUUUAUCAGAACUUUUAGAUAAAAGUUUGAAUGACGUUAUUAAUACUACUUAUAAAUUUGAGGAUAUUUUGCAAUGGCUUCAAGAAAAGGCUUCUAAAAACUGGCAAUAUGAUGUAGCAUCUAAUAAGAAAUUAUUAUAUAGAUAUCCAUCAUUUUUAACAUCUUUGCAGGCCUAUGUCAAAGGAUUUGUCAGAAAACCAAUUGCCAAAGCCUUUUGUACGCUUGAAAGAUUAGCAGCCACCAGGACUUUCUUCUCAAUCGAUAUCAAUAAGACUGAUGCUUUAGAUGAAGAUAAUUACUUACUCAAGUUUUG